GCGGCGUGGGCGGCGGACCCCGGCGGGUUCGCGGGGCGGGAGCGGCGGCGGGAGGCGCGCGCCCCGGGCUCUGCCUCACCGGCACUUGCCUGGUUCUUGCGCGCUCCUGGCAGCCGCGCGGCCGCUGACACACAGUAGCGGGGACACCCGACGCCGCUAGCGACGAGCGCGUCCCUAAGGGACGCUGCACUUGGGAACUUCGGCGCGACGGGCCAGAAGAAGAAAGGAAACAACAACUGGAUUUUUAAAUCAUUAUAAGUCAGUGAUGGAUCAGAAGUUGCAAUCCCAAAUGAAAGUCUUCAAAAGAAUUGCUUUAAAUAACAGAGGAAAGAAAAUUGAUCUACUACUCUAAAAACCUGAUCUAGAAAAACAUUGCACAUGACAUGAAGUAAAAACUGGGGACAUUUAUCUGGCUUUCGAUGUACCUGAGUCAAAGGAACUGUCACUUUGUUUUUCAGAGGGAUUUUCCAUCUGAGACCAUUUUAAUAACCAAUCGUUUUAUCUUGACAUGAUCCCCAGGGAGGAGAAACAGAGCAGUAGGUAAAACCCUGUGCUGGUCAAGAUGACUUCUGAAGAAAUGGCAGCUUCUGUCCUCGUACCUGUGACUCAGAGAAAAGAGGUGUCUUCUCAGUCGGCCGUAGAUGAAAGUAGUGACAGGGUCUCGGACAUCAGUGUUCCAAAAACACACACUGUCAGGCAGAGUGGGCAGACUUCUCACACCAUCUCAAGACUGAACAAACUUAAAGAAGGAUCUUCUGGAAGCAACUUGCCUAAGAUUCUCUCAAUAUCAAGGGAGAAAAUAAUGAGUGAUGAGAACUGUAAUGAAAAGUGCUGGGAGAAAAGCAUGCCACAUUCUGUGGAAAACCUUAACUACAACAACAUACUGGAAAAUGAUCUGCGUGGUCUUCCUCAGAGCCAGUUUUAUGAAACAUGCGAUUCUGUCACAGAGGAAACUGGAAUUCCUUCUUCACUGGAAAGAAAAGUGUUCCCUGGAAUUCAACUGGAGAUAGAUGGACCUUCCAUGGCCAUUAGUCCCUUAGGAGCUCAAUCGGCGAUCACGGAGACUGGUGGGGCACACCCUGAGAGCAACGUGGAGGUAUUUCACUUUCAGUGUGAACUUGACAGAAGAAUGCCAGACACUUUCUGUACCCUAUCAGAUAACUUGAUUUUGGAUGAUUGUGGAAACUGUGUUCCACUACCUGAUGUUGGUGGGGAACAAAAGAAAAAUUAUAUGGCAUAUACUUGUAAACUAGUGCAAUUGGCAAAAAGCUGUGAUAAUGAGAACGGGCAGCUACAGUGUGAUCAUUGCGAUACCUUGAAUGAUGAAUGCUUGUGCUGCGAAGGUUCCUGCCGAAAGGCCAAUGUGGUACGUUCCAGUGACAGCUUUUGCAGGGAGGAUUUUGCUGAUAGUCCAUUUACCAAGACCUUUCUGAGCCACUUUGAAGACUUCCCUGAUAAUUGUGAAGAUGUAGAAGACCUGUUGAGAAGUAAAAAGGAGCGGUCCACUUUGCUAGUGAGAAGAUUUUGUAAAAAUGACAGGGAAGUUAAGAAAUCUGUGUAUACUGGGACAAGGGCAAUUGUGAGAACUCUGCCUUCUGGUCACAUUGGACUGGCUGCUUGGAGUUACAUCGAUAUGAAGCAAAGUGGUCUCUUAUUGCCUUGUGGGAGAGGAACGGGCCAGCUGUCAACAGUGGUGGUUAGGCAAGAUGGAAGCCACAGUCUGCCAGAAGCCCAGUGGUAUUCGGUAAGAGUUAAAGUUUCUUUUGAUCAUUUUUGAAGCUUGAUGUUUCAAAAUCUAAAUUUCCAUUGUCUUAAUUCAUGGAAUUUUUUAAGUUCUGUCAAAUUAUGAUUCAUAGGGGAAGUAUUUGUAUAGUUAUUGGAAACAAGUUGACCUAACAGAUACUCCAACUGAUAGCUGUCAAGUUUAAGUUAACUCUGCAACAAUAUAAGUAACAAAAUACAAAUACAUGUGUCAUCAGGAGUGGAGAAAUUACAGAGAUUCCCUGGCUACUGUGUGUGGAAUUACAAGACAGAAACUCCUAGUAGUGGAAAAACUCCAUUAGCUGAAAAUGUAGCUGUGUCCUUUGGAGAUACAUCCCUGUGCCUUCUUUUGUCGUGUUUUUAGUUGGCAAGGCCUAAAGGAAUUUAAAGUCUAGUUUUGUCCAUUUUCCAACCAGUGUUCCCUGUUUCUUCCCUCUUAACCCUUUUUGUUCCAUGGGCCCCCUUUGGCAAUUUGGUGAAGCCUACGGACUCAGAAUACUUUUAAAUGCAUCAAAUGAAAUACAAAACAUUAUAAAGGACACAGAUUAUGUGGAUGUACAUUUAUCAAGAUAUUUUUUGAAAUUGCAACAUAGCAGGAUAGGUGCUUCUUUGUUAACACACUAAACAAUGGCAUCCAGUAGUGAUAAGCUAACUGCUGUAAUUUCGAAGUAGUGAUGAAUCUAAAUUUAAAGUAGGGAAUGGUUUGCCUGGGGCUUCACCAGUUGUAUUAUCCUGAGAAACCGCUCAGUCCUGGGCAAACCAGGCCAGUUGGUCACACUAAAUAUAAGUAUUAUUUUAGGGUCUCUACCAUGACUGUAAUAUAUGGAGAUAUCUGCAAUUUCUAUUGCUGACAGAUCACAGAUACUGCUACUACUGCUGAGGUUUGUUGCCUAUAUUCAUAAUUGAAGAAAAUGCAAAAUUUCUAACUCUUACAUUCUAGUGUUUCACAAUUCCUUCAAACCAGACCCUAUGAAUAAAUACCAUGUCUAGAAAAACAUCCUUUUUAUUGAAAUAUAACUAGCAUAUUUUUACUUUCAUCUUCAUCAUUCAUGAUGGGUAAUAUUUAUUGUGCAUAUACUCGUGCCAGGCACUGGGCCAAAUAAUUUAUUCUUGAUUUCAUGCUAUCAUCUCAACUGCUCCUGGUACUGGUGUGAUUAUUAACCCCAUUGUAUUGUUAAGAAAACAGUCUCAGAGAAGUAAUGUGCCUUGCCCAAAGUCACUUAGCUAAUAAGUGGUGUAAUUAGGAUUAUAAUCCAGGAAGUCCACACUCUUAGUUCUUCAAGAUCCGGAAAGAAAUAACAUUUAGGGUAAGCUUUCAACGGAACAGACAAGUCCUGUUCAGUUCAGCAUCUGUUGACUUGCUAGCCACACUCACUGAUAUCUCAGACCUGGUGUGUCAAACUUGGCUGUGUUUGAUAUGCUGGUCUAACCCUGGUUACAUAUUAGAAUUACAGUUUCCAGCUCCUCCAUCUCCGAGACCCUCUGAACCAGAAUCACUAGGGUAGGGCUCAACAUGAAUAUUGUUUUCAGAAAGUUCCCCUGGUGAUUUAAUGAUUCUAUGGAGUUGAGAACCACUGACCAGGAGCUUAAACUGAGCUCUUUGGUCUUCAUCAGGACAUUUUGGAAAUACUUCCUUUCCCCUAAAGACACAGACACUGCUUGGUCUCUCAGGAGUGUCAAGGGCGGGCCUGGGAGCCUGCCUGAAAAGAAAUAGCCUACAGGCCCUUCUCUCUGUGCAUCCAACCUACCCUUAACCUCAAGAAGUGUCGGUUUGUUUUUGCAUCUUCACCUGAUACCUCAUGAAACCUAAGUCACGAAGUGGUGUCAGUUACUAACAUGCUCCCCAGAUCUUCUGACUGAGUUCUGAAUUUUGUCCAUGCAGGGAAAAAAGUUCAUCACAGCAAUGUGUCAGCCCACUUAAAAAUGCAGUGAUUUUUAAAUUCAUGUUCACCUGAAGUUGAACAUUCAGAGCACAAUAGGAAUUUAAAUAUAGUAAAGUGAGGCAAAGUAGGUUGCUUGAGAACCAUUAUCAUAGUCCCCCCCCCCUCCCCCCAACACUUACACAGGCCUGAGGGCUGUGAAUCUGCUGUAAAUUGCAGUAUAAUUUUUGACAUGCUUGUUCUCCUCUUCCAGUUCUUGGAGCCUGGUGCUGCUUCUGAGAACAUUCUCAGGUCCCUAGCUCAAAUCUGCCCCUUUCUGUCAGUCAUAUGCCCUGGAAUGGUAAUUUCCAAGGAAAAGAACUGAAGAGAUGAUGCAAAUUAUCUCCUCCCUUCUUCUGGUCUCUGGAGGCUGGGAGAGGUUGUCACACAUCUGUCAGAGUGAACUCCAGAAACUUCUCUUUCCUCUCUGACUGGGUUUCUGGGAGGCUGUGGGCAUUUUUAUCAAGCCUUAACAUGAAGCUGGGGAACAGCUGACUGUUCUGUUCUUUAUCAAGGGAGAUUUCUGAAAGGAAGAGACCCUUCUGAACAUCCAUACCAUGGCAGGAAUGAGACAGUAUUAUUUGAAGUACGGCAUUCUCCCUGUAUCUUGUUUGUAGUUUUGAGUCUGGUAGAAAUCCUCAAAAGUUGUGCAUUUGAAUUAUAGCCACUUUCCCCUAGAUCCCAUAAAUUGCUUCCUUCAGCUAAAAAAUGCAGACUUGUGGUUCCCGCAUCAGAUUGUAAAUGUAGUAAGGGCAAGGAAUGGCCCCACCUUUUUUCUACUCUCCAUAAUACAAGCAUAAUGCCAAGUAUAUAGUAAACAGGAGAAUGUCAUGUUAAGAGCCAUGGUCCCUGGCGUCAGUUGGCAGUGCCUGGUGAAGAGUGAGUGCUGCUAUUCUCUCUCUGGCCAUUUUUUACAUGCUUUGUCGUGAACAUGUCCAUGACAUGUACCUCUCCUCUUGGUAGCUUCUUGCGCAGGGAAGCUUUUAGCAGCAUUAAUUUGAAUGUAUGUCCCUCAAUCUAUGGUGUGAUCAUUUGAACAAUUGUUGUCACACAUUUAAAGAAUGUGUUGUUUGUCCAAUUAGUUUUUUUUUGCCUCACUUAAAAUUUUUUUCCUUGGUGCCUCUGUCAAAAUGAUCCAAUUACUUUCUAUUUGCACAGCUGUACAGAGGAGAAUGGAUUUGAAUGGGAGACAUUAAUGAGGAUUAAUGCUGGCUGACUAAUCAUAUUGGUAUCCUCCUCCCUCUGCUUAUAAAAAAUGAAAACCUAUCCCUUAUUUAGUUACAGCCACACUCCCUCUCUCCUGCUUUCAAUUUAUUGGCUCGACAAGACAGUAUAUUUUGGCAAAUGGCUAAAGUCUCCAGGUUAAAGAUUGGUUAAGAGUGUUUUUAUUUUUAAAAAGUUUUCUUCCUUCCUGAAUUUUGGGAAAUUUAGAUACUGGAGUUAUUCUGAAUAUGAAGUGCAAGAAGUUCCUGCCUCUGCUGGAAUCAUUCAUGUAACCUGAGUUCUGCGUGCACUAAGUGAUGGAACGUGGAGGAAGCAAGGCUAGCCAGGGCAGAAAGUCCAUCAGCUCCUGCAGUUAUCACUUUAUUUAUUUCCCUGCUUUGAUCCACAACAGGAUUCAACGUACAACAAUAUGUAUAGCGAAACGGGAAAAAUGAGGUGUUAUUUAAAAA